AUGGGAAGCGGUAACCCACGAGAGGCGGAGCGUCGCCAGCUCGAGCUCUACCGCUCCGCGCCGAAGGCGCCCGCGCGCCUCCUCUCGCGCGAGGAGCUCGCGCGCUUCGCCUUCUCGCUGCGGCCGGCGUCGGGCUUCGUGCGGGUCGCGCGGCUCCACACGCCCGGCGCGAGCAGCCUGACCGCCUGGCAGCCGGUCGAGCGCGGCGGUCUCUCCGCCGGCAAGGCGGUCGUCACGCUCGGCCACCACGCGAGCACCGCGCCGGAUGCAGUCCCCGCGCGGGGCGCCGCCAUGGUGGUCGAGGCGCGCGCACCUCUGGUGCGAGACACGCGCACCGCGUCCACCUUCCGCGCCGACGCGAGCGGCCGGCUGCAGGCGUCGCUCGGGCCCGGCGUUAUGGUCGCGGGCUGCCCAAUCGGGGAGGCAGGAUUUGUGGAUGCGUGGUUACGCGCCCAGGUGAGCAGUAUCGUGAGCUACAUCGAGAAGACGGUUCUUUCGCUACGUGCUGCGAGCCCCCACGCGCUGUGGGCCGCCAUCUACUACUCCUGCUCUGCCAAGUUCGACUUCAUCCUCCGGCACCUCCCUCCCGACCAGACGGGCGUGCUCGUCGACGCCAUCACCGCGCGGCGGGCUCGCCUGCCUGCGCGGAUGCGCGGCCUCGGCCUGCGCUCGCUCGAGGAGGUGGCGCCGGCUGCGUUCUGCGCCUGCUUUGUCGAGGCGGCCGAGAGGUUCCUCGACAUGUCGACGCCCGGCGGCGGCAGCGAGCGCGGCUUCUUCCAGAUGCUCGCUCCGCUCUUCGGCCACGGCGCCUUCGAGUUGCCGUACCCGAACAGCCCUCGCCUCUCGCGCUUCCUCUCGGGCUGCACCACCUACGUCAACCCGCUCGGCGCGCAGCUGGGGCAGCUGACGCCGACGGGCGAGUCCUUCAAGACGGCGUGGGAGGGCAUGCAGCGCGAGGUCCGCGGCGAGGGCGUCGCGGGGCCUCUCGAUCUCCGGGCUCCCGAGGCUGGCAACGGGCGGGCCGGCAGCGCUGGGCUACAGCGGCAGCUGACGCAGCAGCGCGAGCAGGCCAAGCGCAACCAGCUCAGCCGCAGCAUCCUCGGGCUGCCGCACGGCGACACGCGGCGGGAGGCGUGGCUGGCCGUCGACUCGUUCUCGUCCGCGUGGGUGAGCUCAUGGCCCUCGGCUCAGAACCGGUGCGAGGCGCGCGAGUUCCGCGAGAUCUUCUGCACCUACCUCGGCCGGGAGAGCCCAGCCGUGCGCGCGCUCGUGGGCAAGAGCAUCGCCUGCUCCGGCCGCGGCCCUCCUCGAGUCUGCGAUGCCUUUGGCGUCCAGCUGGGCUUGGCGACGCUCAACGACCGCGCCCACGGCAACUGCCACGAUGACAUCUUCUCACGCGUGAUCGGUGAUGCGCUGCACGCGGGGCUGCGCGGCAAGGAGGAGCCGCGCGAGAUCUUCAGCGCCGUCAUCCCGCCUGUCACACUCAACGGCACAGCUGGCACGCGCGGCAAGAACGGCAUCGUGCCAGAUGGGCGCCUGCGCUGCAAGCUGCGCGAUGCGCAGCGCGGGCCCGAGCAGCCGCCGGCGGAGCACCUUCUCGAGGGCAAGACCAUCCACCGCGGCGGGCCUCACUACAUGAACAUGAGCGCUCGGGCGCGCGACGAUGGCCAGGGCGGCGCUGUCGCCGACAGGGCGAACCUGGUCCAGCGCGACUACGAGGCGCGGGCGGCGGCGCUCGAUGCCAAGCCGCACGUGCAGGCAUGGAACAACGGCUCGAGGGACGCCGUGUCCUCCGUGCUGCGCUCGUUUGGCACCGUGCGCAGCCUCGUUGUCGGGGCCUACGCGGAGGCGUCGGACGACCUGCACCAGCUGUUCGACUGUGUGGUGGAGUCGGCAUCCAAGCAGCACUGGAGGCGGAUCGGCGCGCGUAGCGCGAGGGAGGCGCGGUCCUACUUCGCUACGACGCUGCGGCGGGCGUGGGGCGUGCACUUUGCGCGCGAGUUCGCGCGGCACCGCCUCCGACGCGUGGUGUUCGUGGGGGCCCCGCGGCGACAGCCGGGCAGGCCUCUCGCGACGGCCGAUGGCGACCGGCCGGCGCUCUCGGCGGGCGAGUUUGCGGCGCACGCGCUGCGCGUAGGCGGCGCGUGGGCGGGUGGCCCGCCCGGCCGAUGA